AUUUACACUAAAUAUGAUAAACAAAAAGGACGAUUACAUCAGAAUCCAGGUGUUCAUUGAUGGAAGAAACCAGAUGGAGUAUUUUCAGAUUGAUCCGUACAAAGGAGGCAUUGCAAGCAUAGUCAAAAGAGUUUGACAUAGAUUUGGCAUCAUAGAUUAUAAAGAAUAUAAGCUUGAGGGGCUCAGAGGAGGAAGAUUUUAUAUACCCACCUUGCUUAGAGAGAAUGAUGUAGUCACCCUGAAAAAGAAAAGACAACACUUUAUUACCACACAGCUCACUGAUAGUGAACCUGAAGAGCUAUGAGAAAGUUAUGAUAAAUGAAGGUUAUGCAUAAAUGGAGGGUUUGAUCAUAAUCUACAAAUUAAUAUCCCAAAUAGAGAUUUAGAUGUUCUGAAAGAUACUCAAACUAAGAAUGAUGUAGAAGAGAUUUACAUUAUUGAUGAUAUUGAAGAUUUAGAAAAAGAUGAAGAAAAAGAUACAGAUGAAAACUCGAUGUUAAAGAAAAAUAAUUUACUAACAGAAACAAAUAGCGCUACAUCAGAAAAUUUAUCUCUUAGCCAAGAAUCUUUAUCUCCUCUCUCAUCAUCUUAUCCAAUUGUUCCUGAUACCCCUUCGUUCCGUUCAGGACUGCAAUCUUCCCAAAAAUAGCCUUAAAGCUAAACCACAUCCCCAAAGCAUCCCAAAUAUCAACGAAGAUUCCCUAAUGGAGACUCUUAAGAGAAAGGCUUCUCUUCAAUCCCACCUGAUGAGCCAAAAAGCUUCUUCAGAUGACUCUUGUAAUGAAAAAUCUCCAAAUCUGUGUAAUAUCUGUAGCUUAUCUUCUAUUCAGACUCUCUCAAUAAAAUCUUCUUCGAGAUUACUUAAGAAAAUUAGAUGUCGCAUAAAUUCUAGGUUUGGCUAUGACAGUAACAUUUCUCAAAAUCGUGACACUAAGACAAAGAAAGUAGUCGUGAAAUGAACACAUAAGCAGAGGAGGAGUGGAAAGUUGGAAGAAUGACCAUGGAAAAUAACAUUCGAGAAGAAGAAUGGCAAAUUCUUCAAAUUCAGCGGCUCAGUCAAGGCCCACCACAACCAUAGCCUUAUCGAUAAAAACAAGGAGCAUUCAGAGAGCGAAACAAAGAAGAUCAAUACCGUUAAGGGUAAGGAAGAGUCCACUGCAAAUACUAGAAGAGUCUCCCAAGGAGUUAUCUCUAUCUCCUCUGAUACUCCUAAGAAGAAAGAUAUGGACAACGAAGGAGAUGCCAAGAGUAUGGAUACAGCCGAUUUUGAUUUUGAUGGGCUAGACGGGCUUGAUGACAUUGUUGAUUUAGAUGAUUUUCGCUCGAGUAAAAGACUUUCAGCGAAGUUAGACUUUGACACUCAUCAUAAACCCUUUGUCCCCACUGAAGAUAGAAGAAUUAGCGUCAAGGUGACAAAUAAAAGAAAGAAAGCUAUUGAAUAAUUUAUGUAAUUUUCCUUAACCAAACAUAAUUAAUACUAAAAUAUC